AUGGCCCAGGAAUAUCCAGAGGCUACGUUAGCACUUCCAGAAUCCUACGACGCGGUGCAGAUUGGGGAAAGGACCUUACAAGAACCAAGGGGCGUGGAUGCGACCGAGAACAUGCCCGCCGAAGAUUGGAACAGGCUUGUUGGCUGGAUCGCGUGGCCACAGCUCGAAAUGUCACUAAUUUCUCGUAGCUCGUCCUUAGAAGGUGCAUUGGAUGAAAGCAGAAUUACGUGGACCAGAAACGAUUGGUUGGUCAAUUCUACCAAUGGUAUGAUUUCAUCCCCUACGCCAACCGACGAACUCACCUAUAAUUUUUUGAUUCCUGAUGAUACGAGCUCGUGGAUAAAUUCUACGAAUCGAAGCACGAGACUCACCAAAGCUUAUCAUGGAACAUCAAUGUCAUAUAGCCAUGGGCCUUCAAAUGCAAAGGAGCCUACUAUACAUUCAACCUAUUCGACCACAGCAAUGAAGGAGGCCUUGGAUCAAGAUCUGCUUAAGGCUCACCUUCAGCAGAACGUCGCAGAGCGCAAGAUGCAGGAGUUGGUAAACAGAGCGGCCCAGUGGAACGUAGACGGUGAACGCGACGAGGACCAGAUGUGA